CGCGCGAGGGCGGAAAGGCGGACGGAGGCUUGACCCCGAAACCGCGCCUCCGCCCCGCGUGAGGCAUCAUCCUUGGGAAGAUGGACGGAGAGAAGCGGCCGGCGCCCUCCUCGGGCCUGUUUGCGGACGGGCACCUGGUGCUGUGGACGCUGUGCUCCGUGCUGCUGCCCGUGUUCAUCACCUUCUGGUGCAGCCUCCAGCGGUCGCGCCGGCAGCUGCACCGCAGGGACAUCUUCCGCAAGAGCAAGCACGGGUGGCACUACACGGACCUGUUCGGCCACCCCACGUACUGCUGCGUGUGCGCGCAGCACAUCCUGCAGGGCGCCUUCUGCGACUGCUGCGGGCUGCGCGUGGACGAGGGCUGCCUCAAGAAGGCCGACAAGCGCUUCCAGUGCAAGGAGAUCAUGCUCAAGAGUGACGGCAGGGCCCUGGACGCCAUGCCUCACCACUGGAUCCGGGGCAACGUCCCCCUGUGCAGCCUCUGUGCGGUCUGCAAGCAGCAGUGCGGCAGUCAGCCUAAGCUUUGUGACUACAGGUGCAUUUGGUGUCAGAAAACUGUCCAUGAUGAGUGCAUGAAAAACAGCUUAAAGAAUGAAAAGUGUGAUUUUGGAGAAUUCAAAAACCUCAUCAUUCCACCAAGUUAUUUAACCUCUAUUAAUCAGAUGCGUAAAGACAAAAAAACAGAUUAUGCAAUGCUAGCCUAUAAGCUUGGAAAGCAGUGGACUCCGUUGAUAAUCCUGGCCAACUCUCGUAGUGGGACCAACAUGGGAGAAGGGCUGUUGGGAGAAUUCAGGAUUCUUCUAAACCCAGUCCAGGUGUUUGAUAUAACAAAAACUCCCCCUAUCAAAGCCCUGCAACUUUGUACUCUUCUUCCUUGUUACUCAGCUCGAGUACUUGUUUGUGGAGGGGAUGGGACUGUGGGCUGGGUCCUGGAUGCAGUCGAUGAAAUGAAGAUUAAGGGACAAGAAAAAUACAUUCCACAAGUUGCCAUCUUGCCUCUGGGAACAGGCAAUGACCUCUCCAAUACGUUGGGCUGGGGCACAAGUUAUGCGGGAGAAAUCCCAGUCGCACAGGUUUUAAGAAAUGUGAUGGAAGCAGAAGGAAUUAAACUGGACAGAUGGAAAGUCCAAGUAACAAAUAAAGGAUACUACAACCUGAGAAAACCCAAGGAGUUCACAAUGAACAACUAUUUUUCUGUGGGACCUGACGCUCUCAUGGCUCUCAAUUUUCAUGCUCAUCGUGAGAAGUCGCCAUCUCUGUUUUCUAGCAGAAUUCUUAAUAAGGCUGUUUACUUAUUCUAUGGAACCAAAGAUUGUUUAGUGCAAGAAUGUAAAGAUUUGAAUAAAAAAGUUGAGCUAGAACUGGACGGCGAGCGAGUAGAACUGCCUAAUUUGGAAGGUAUUAUAGUUCUGAACAUUGGCUACUGGGGAGGCGGCUGCAGACUGUGGGAAGGGAUGGGAGACGAGACUUACCCCCUGGCCAGGCAUGAUGAUGGUUUACUGGAAGUCGUUGGAGUAUAUGGGUCUUUCCACUGCGCUCAGAUCCAAGUGAAACUGGCAAACCCUUUCCGAAUAGGACAGGCACAUACAGUGCGGCUGAUUUUAAAGUGCUCGAUGAUGCCAAUGCAGGUGGAUGGGGAGCCGUGGGCCCAAGGGCCCUGCACUGUCACCAUCACUCACAAGACACAUGCGUUGAUGUUAUAUUUCUCCGGAGAACAAACGGAUGAUGACGUCUCCAGUACUUCGGAUCAAGAGGACAUAAAGGAUACUGAGUAGUUGGAUGAGGAAAUGAAAACUUGCAAUAGAGUUCUCACAAACAAGUAAAUACAUGUUCAUCCAAAAGUAGAAAUUCUCUAUCAACAUUUUAGUCUUUAUUUCACCAGUAGAAUAAGUAUAUAUUUCUGUAAAUAGCAUUCCAAAAAACAGCCAAACUUCCAGUUGUUUACUAAUGCCUGUUUUGUCUUUUGUGUUUUAGCAAAACAUUUUGAUCAUAUAGUACUUGUUUUAAAAAGUCACAGAACUUUACAUGAAAGUGAAGUGUUUUGUUUGUUUUUUUGCUUUAUGUAUGAGAGUGAGGCUCACACUGAAGGGCGCCCCUCAUUCUUGAACCACAUGUUUGAUGGACAUAGUAUACAUCCAACAAGGUGUGGGUGGGAAAAUCACUUCCAUUUGAAUUUUUAAAUAUUAACUUUUUUUUGAAGGGAGAUGGUUAGUUUCCAACCAGUGUGGUUAAUGCCAGGCACCCUCCUGCAGCAUGCUUCUCCUAAGAUUUCCUACAGCCCAGCACCAAGUGGAUCCAGAAAUAUUUCUUUCCAGGAAACCCUAAAAAGAGAAAUGUAAAAGAAAGACAAUACCGAAAAUUUGUAUUAAUGAUGUUUAUUUUAGGAGCAUUUUCAGACCCCCCGAUUGUUGUUUGGUAACCCUGGUAAUGACCAUGUCAGGCUGCUGGGAUCCAGCAUCUUGUUUAGAACCCAGAUGGCCACAUGGUGAGCUGGCAACAACGAACACUCAGGUCCUUCGGAUUGAGAGUUAUGGCUUCCAAGCUGGACAGUUCACCAACUUCUCUUUCGAUUUAAAAGAAAAUGUCAGCAAUUCAAAAAAUGUACUAAAGAAAAUUUACUAGUCAUAUUAAUUUCACAAAAACAGUUUGAUAAUGGCUGAUAAGUUGUAAAAAGUCAGUGGUCUAGUAGUUUGAAUACAGUAGUCUUUUAUAGCCAAAGUACUUAACAGAAUUUCCCUUUGGGGAAGUGACAAAAUCCUCUGCUAAAAUGUUUCUAUCAUAUUUAUUUUAGAAUGAGAGAGAUAUAUUUUUUUACUUAUUUAUUUUCUUUAUUGUAGUAACCUGUUAAGUUUAGUGUUUAAAAGAUACGGUUUUAUUUAAUAAAUUAAUCACAUAAAUUCUAGUCAUAAUUAGAUAGACAUGUAGCCUAUUGACUAAUAAAAUCCUAUAAUUUAAUUAUCCUAACAGGUGUUCUUCAGAAACAUUCCUCAAUUUAAAGGGGGGGUGAAAACACUGGCAAAUACUUUUGGAUAACUACUCGUCUUGUUUCGUCGUUUUAUUUGACCCUCAAUUGCCAAACACUUACUGAAGGGCUAGUCUCGUGGUUACCCAUUAGGGGGUGCUCUUCUGUUGUUAACUAAACUGCUCCCUCCGUGCAGGGGUUAAGCAGACUCAUUGGGCCUCUACCCUGGUGUUUUUUAACAAAUGGCCUGUUUGUGUGCUUGCUGGUCUUAUAUAACAUUAAUCUCUGAAAGAUUAAAAUGUAUCCCUCAAAACAAUAUUAGCUCUCCUUAAGGAUCUGUUAUGAAUCUGUCAUUCGUGAAUUGCUGUAAACUUCCAUUUCAGUCACCUGCAGGCCCAGGAAUAACCUAGGACUGUAUACAGUAGUCAGGACAAUAUAUAAAAUACUUCCGUUCUGCUUAAAUUAAACUCUUCCCCAUCUCGACAGGAAAUGCUAAAUGCUAGUACUGAGAGAGGUUUGUGAGCAGGUCUGUUCUCACAAUGUUCAUACACCUGGACAGUGAUGACAGAGUGUAUGGAUUUUCUCUAUGGCUGAUCAUGUUUUGAGUAUAAUGAGUUUUAUUCUUUAAUUCAUGGUCAGAAUUGUUACAGAUACCACCUUUUACAAAUACUGGUUGGCAAAAGUAGGUUUACAGUUGAGUAUGUGGA